AUGAUGCAGCCAACUCAGCUUAUUGAAUUUGGUAGCAUGCUUAUUCAAGAUAGGAUAUCAGAGAUGCAGCUACACAUGAAAGUAAACGCAGAAUUCUCGCCAGAGUUCAAGUCUGCGUCGCUGCGUUCGACCGCUCCUGCCACAACCCGGGAUGAUCUUCAGUCGCUGUGGAUCACAGAGGCUCCAGAGCUUGAGCUAUGCUUAAUUGCGGCACUAGACCCCCUUCUGGAGAAUAUCCACAUCUCGGUCUCUCGAACUAUAGAAGAAAGCAUCAGUAAUACCAAGAUCUUCCCGAGGCUUGGAUUCACCAUCUCCGCCAAGCGUUCUCAAAAAGUUGAAUCACAAGUUCAAGCACUGCAACUUGUCUUUGGUUUGUGCAGAAACACCCAUCCUUUCAAAAGUCUCACGAGUCGUAGCCUUCCACCGGCAUUGCAAGACCCACCAGAAGCUCAUGCACCCCACGACAUUCCUUGCGUGUGCAUAAAAUCCAUCAAUCUGAACAUUCGGCUUUUGAGCAGUCAUCAGGCUCAGAAACUAGCGAAGGCUUCUUCCAUGGAAAGAAGACAUCACCCCAAAGAAACUGGUCCUCAAGACAUGUCUAUUCAGGUUGAGCCGGAGUCGCUUUGUGACAUCGAAGAGAGCGACGUACUUGGCAUUGGAGAGAACGACGUGCCUGGGAGGAGCCCUGUAGAAAAUAUCUACAGUCCAUGCGCGAGCCUCAGCAGAACACAUUCCACCGCUCAACAGCUCAAGGCCUUUGGAGAGAACAGCAUCCCGCGUCUACAGGAAAUGCUCGAGUUCGGUCUCUGGACGCUGUUCCUUCCCGGAGCCCACAAAAGUGUCAAUCUCCGUAUACAGGGAGAAGACAGAAUUGAAUGUCUGUCGCUACUGAUGCCCUCUGUAUUCAAUAUGAAGUACCGUGAGGAGAUGAAGCAACGAGCGACUCUACUCUCGACGGUCAGCAGAUCUCUUACCCCUAUGCUUCGGCGAAGUAAAAACAAGUCCAUUCACUCAAGACUGGCAUCAAUGUCCUCGGAGCAUCAUGGCGUAACAGAGGAGCUGCAAACCCAGAUCUCAAGUUCCACUCUGGAUACAGCAUUAUGGAGGAUUGCACAGCUUAGAGUGUCAAGAAAGUGGAACUUCAGUGCGUCUGCAGCAUCUUCGCUUCCGAAAUGUGUACCAGAGAAGCGGUUUCUGCAAUCUGACGACGACAUAAUACUGCCCUUCUCUUCGGAGCCAAUUGCUGAGCCUGAAAAUGAGAAUCUUCACCAUGAGACACCGGUCCGCCAAACCUUUUGCCAAAAGAGCUGUAUCAUACUUCAUGAGCUACUUUCCGAAGACAGCAGCAUACUUAGUGUCGGAGAUGGUUAUUCCCCCACACAGAUGACUGGAACAACACAAGAUCCUAUCGAACAACCCCAACCGACGUCUGAUUGUCUGCUUUACGAAUGGAGUGAUCUUCCAGAAAUUCCUCUCUCAGACAGUAUAUUGACAGAUGUGCCUCUAGUUUGUUAUGAUGAAUUCUCGAUGACUGAUCUCCCCUUGACGCCAACCCCGGCAUGA